GCAUCCGGAAAACUGAGGACUGGAGGCUGGAGGGUAUAGAGCGCAGCUGCCGCCCAGCUUCCGGAAGUUGAGGGCUUUGUUUCUGAGGGGAAGAUCUUCCGAAACGGACGGGGAGGCGGUGGUGAAUCCUUCCGGCGCAGGAGCGGUCGGGGCUAGCCUGGAAGGAAGAGGGCCGGAGAUUCUACUUAUAAGUGAGAUCAUACUGCAUUUGCCUUUCACUGACUGGCUUAUUCUACUUAACAUAAUAGUCUCCAGUUCCAUCCAUGCUAUUGCAAAAGGAGAUAUAACAGCAAGAAUACUGCUAUGCAAAAUACCUGAAAUUUUACUGCCAGUGUUUUCCUCUAAGUAAAAUCCUGCUUAUCUGUGAAAUGCAGUUAACACAUCAGCUGGACCUAUUUCCUGAAUGCAAGGUGACCCUUCUGUUAUUUAAAGAUGUAAGAAAUGCUGGAGACUUGAGGAAAAAGGCAAUGGAAGGUGCCAUUGAUGGUUCAUUAAUAAACCCUACGGUGAUCGUCGAUCCAUUUCAGAUACUUGUGGCAGCAAACAAAGCAAUUCAUCUCUACAAACUAGGAAAGAUGAAGACGAGAACUCUAGCUGCUGAAAUUAUUUUCAACCUGUCCCCAAAUAACAAUAUUUCAGAGGCUUUGAAAAAAUUUGGUAUCUCAGCAAAUGACUCUUCAAUUCUAAUUGUUUACAUUGAAGAUGGAGAAAAACAAAUAGAUCAAGAAAACCUAAUAUCUCAGGUAGAAGGUCAUCAAGUUUCUCUGGAAAAUCUCCCUGAAAUAACAAAUAUUACAGAAGUUAAAAAGAUAUAUAAACUGUCUUCACAAGAAGAAAGUAUCGGGACAUUAUUGGAUAGUGUUACUUGUAGAAUGUCAACAAAAGAUGUUUUGUGAAAUGACAGAAAUAUUAAAAAUUUUCAGCAUUUGUAAAAA